CGUCUGACAGCGGGACGUGACGUCACAAACUUCAGUCCAUCCCGCAGCUCUUUUCCAAUCUAGCUGUCUAUAAUAGUGGAAGCGAGUGCAUUCCAACAGCAAUCAAAAUGGUGAAGGUGAAAUGUUCGGAACUGAGGACCAAGGACAAGAAGGAGCUGACCAAGCAGCUUGAGGAGCUCAAGACUGAGCUACUCAAUCUGCGUGUGGCUAAGGUCACCGGCGGUGCUCCGUCCAAGCUGUCCAAGAUCCGCGUCGUCCGUAAGGCCAUCGCUCGCGUCUACAUCGUGAUGAACACCAAGACCAAGGACAACCUGCGCAAGUUGUACAAGGGCAAGAAGUACGUCCCGCUGGAUCUGCGCCCGAAGAAGACCCGCGCUAUGCGUAAGGCCCUGUCUCCCCGGGAUGCCGCUCGAUUGACGCUGAAGGAACAGCGGAAGCGCGCCAAGUUCCCAACGCGAAAGUACGCCGUCAAAGCCUAAACUUUGGGUGAAUUUUGUUCAACACUUUUGUUUUAAGUCGUAAGCGGAAGAACUGUAGAACGGAUCCGUUGGGAUUCGUUCGAAAUACUGGAGGGAAGGAGUGAAGAAAAUAAAUUCCGGAAAAAUAGUUCCAAACGGGAAACAA